UGCGGCUGCCGCCCACGGCUCCCCCUUUCCCCGUCAGCACCGGAGCCGGAGUUAGACGCCGCCGCCACCGCCGGCGAUCAGGGUGCACGAGAAAGGGUGGAGUUAAAAUAACAAUUGGAAAAAGAUGAGUUCUUACAAACCAACCGUGAUCCAGCACUACCCGAAACUUGGAAACACAGUCACACAAGACACGCUAUAUUGGAAAAAAUAUAGGCCUCCAGUUCAGAUCAAAGAGUUUGGUGCUGUGACACACAUAGAUAUCUCUUCAGUUGCUCCCUACAACUAUGCUGUAACUGCCUCUACAAGGAUCCAUAUAUAUGGUCGAUAUUCUCAAGAGCCCAUAAAAACAUUCUCCCGAUUUAAUGACACAGCGUACUGUGGCACGUACAGAGAAGAUGGAAAGCUGCUUGUUGCAGGCUGUGAGGAUGGUGUUAUUCGCCUUUUUGACGUUGAUGGGCGUGCAGCACUACGACAGUACAAUGGACAUACAAAAGCGGUUCAAGUCACUGCAUUCACAUCUGACAAAUACCGCUUGAUGUCUGGGUCAGAUGAUUACACAGUUCGGCUUUGGGACAUUCCAACUGCGACAAAACUCUGCACCUUUACAGAACACACCGAUUAUGUACGAUGCGGUUGCACCAGCAAUUUGAAUGCUGAUGUCUUUGUAACAGGUUCAUAUGAUCACACAGUGAAGGUAUUUGAUGCCCGAAUGGAUCAAAGCGUGAUGACUAUGGACCACGGGCAACCAGUAGAGAGUGUGUUGCUUUUUCCAUCAGGUGGACUUCUUGUAUCAGCAGGUGGUCGAUUUGUAAAAGUCUGGGACAUGUUAAAAGGAGGUCAGUUGUUGGCUUCAUUACGAAACCACCACAAGACUGUCACGUGCCUGUGUUUAAGCAGUUCGGGGGAGAGGCUGCUCUCAGGCUCCCUUGAUAGGCAUGUCAAAAUAUACAGUACAUCCACCUACAAAGUAGUGCACAACAUUAAUUAUGCAGCAUCCAUUCUGAGCUUAGCUUUAGCACCUGAAAAUGAAGCCAUUGUGGUAGGAAUGACUAACAGUGUCCUAAAUAUCAGACAUCGGAAACGGCAUGACAAGAAGAAUGAGGUCGGUGAGGUUACAAAAAAGAGAAAGAGACCAUCUUACAAAUAUUUCAUUAAAGGAAAAGACUACAUGCCAAAAAAGAAUGAUUUUUUGGUCAGUAAGCCAGUGCGACAACAUCUAAAGAAAUAUGACAAGCUGUUGAAAAGUUUUGAAGUGUCACGUGCACUAGAUGCUGUAUUGCAGUCAAAUAUCAGGGUGAAGAACCCAGAAGUUACCAUUGGUGUUAUGCAAGAACUUAACCGCAGAGGGACACUUCAAAAUGCACUUGCAGGACGUGAUGAAAAACAGCUUGCUGUUAUACUUAACUUUCUUAACAGGAAUGUUGUUGAUCCAAGGUUCACAGCUGUUUUAGUAAAUGUUGCAGAGAUUAUUAUUGGUAUUUACAGUUCUGUGAUUGGAGAGUCAUCAGUGAUCGACAAGCAAUUCAUGAAGCUGCAAGAACUGACAGAAAGGGAGAUUGAUUAUCAAGAGGAACUGCUGGGAGUGCUUGGAAUGAUGGACACACUUUUUGCUACCAUGACAACCAAAAAGGAAGCAGUUGUACCCAGAAAUCAGAAUUGUGCCUUAAUUACUGGAGCAGAACAAGCAAAACCAAUGGCAAUUGCCUAGAAUCGGGCCUCUAUACUCUCAUUUGUGAGGUGGACUAGCACUAUUUUAUCUUGCUGUAAACACCACAGAUUUGAAGGCAAACAUUGUAAAAUGCUCUUGUGUUGUUUACCUGCAUAAUUUCUGUUGUGCAAUAUGAAAGCAAAAUUAUUGCUAUGUUCCGUGAGUUUGACGUGACAUGCAAGGAAAAUGCAGCUACCGUGAACUUAAUAAUUUAGUAGAGAAUAUUUUUAUACCGUCUAUGUUCUGAAGGGACAACAAAUCUUUUGCAAUUGUGAGUUAUGCCUUCAAAAGUUUAGACACCAAGCGGUGAACAAAAAGGCAUUUGUGCUCUGCAGAAAUUAUUAUCUCGAUCAAAGACUUGUAUCAUGGACAAUUAAGGCUUUUAACUUCAUCAGGUACCAAAUUAUCUGUGGUGCAUUCUUGCAGCGCUCUUGUUUGACUUAUUAUUGGAAUACAGAGCCCAAUUCUUACAUUAUUUUCUUGAAAUAAGUUGAUACUGUCCAAAAUAACUUUUAAAGAGCAAGUUGCUAAGAUGACACCUGUUCCCCGGAGAUAAAGAGCCAGCAAGAAUGGCUCACUGCUCGUAACCAUUAUGGAGAAGAAACAUAAUUAUGAGCAUAGUUACAAGUUCAUCAAUGUCACCUGACAUUUAUCUACUUAGUGGAUGAAUAUCUGGGAACCACGAUGUUGAGAUGUGAAGGUCAAUAAAUUUUAAGAAGUGUCCUGAGAAACCUAA